AGAAGAAGCAUAAAUAGGCACUGAAAGCCAGACCCGUGUUUGUGAUUAGAGCCACGGGUGGCUGUAUCACAGUAAACUGAGCAAAGGCAACUGAGACUGAGAGGAUGGAGAAUACAACGAGUGUAUUGCCACUAGUCUGCAAAAUCAUUCACAUACCUGAAAAGUCAUCCUUUCUUCCUCAUCUCCAACCCACAGUUAACGUGCUUGCUUCUGUCAUUGAACCCAAAGAUGCCAAUACUCUAGUCAGGAAGUUAAAUAAGAUUGCACCACUGGAAAAUUUGCAACAUGUGAAGCGUGUGCAGAAGAAAAGCAUUGGGGGGGAACCUCAAUUAUCUCUGCUUUUAUGUAUGACUGUUGGAAAUGAUGGUGGAGAUGAUUGCAUGCCAUACGAGAUUCUUGAACUUGUCAAAUCAUACCAGUUGAGUACUUUCAUCACAAAAGUUUGCAAAUAUGCUGCAACAUCAAAAGAAGAAUGGGACGAACAGUGCAAGCUCUGGCCUACUUCGUAUCAUCCGCCAACCUACAACAUCAGUGGCAUAACUGGAUUUAGUGAAGAGGAGUCGCAAUCAGUUGUCGGUUUCAUGAGACACACCAUUAAUUUGGCAACAUCUUCUAUUGGUCAGGUGGUCAAUGCUGCUGUUAUUGUAGAUCCUUCAACUAAGCAGGUCAUUGCAAGUGCUUGUGACCAGGUAAUAUCCUCGGCCAGUCUUGCAAAUGGGGUCAGCAAGGAAGGUAGCUGCUCGAACUAUCUAGAAAACCUCAAAGCCUCUAAUUUGGAAAACCAGCAAAUGUCACUUUUGGAUGGUUCAAUUAGUGAAUUCAAACCUAUAACUGACAAUGUUGCUUGUGUACAUCCUUGGCAAUGGGCACUGCAAAACUCUAGUUGCUGGCAUCCUUUGCGGCAUGCGGCUAUUGUUGCCAUUGAAAAUUCUGCUGCCAGGGAUCUACAACUUUUUCCUGAUCACAAAGCUCUAUCUCCUUUGAAAAGACAGAAGAUCGAGGAGUCUGGCUUCCAAAGCAAUGGCCAUAGUUAUCAAUCGCUCAGACCUUAUCUAUGUACUGGAUAUGACAUUUAUCUGGCCUGGGAGCCAUGUGCAAUGUGCGCAAUGGCGCUUGUACAUCAAAGAGUUAGACGGAUAUUUUUUUCUUCCCCAAAUUCCAGUGUUGGUGCACUAGGAAGUGUUCACAGAUUGCAAGGGGAGCGGAGCUUAAAUCACCAUUAUGCUGUUUUCAGGGUCGUGCUGCCUGAGGAGGUGUUCAGGAAUAAAGUUGUAGAUGGAAAGACUUCUGGAAGUGGUUGAAACAAACACUAAUCAGCUUUUUGGGGAGUCUUUAAAAAUUAAAGAUAAAUGACAAGUGACAUGUUACCAACGAUUCAACAAACCAAGAAUGGUUCUUAUAUGUGGAUUAUCCGGAGGGGAAAAUUACUGUCAGCAUCAACCAGAAGAUUGAAGUCACAAAAGAGAAGAAACUGUUCCAAUGAAUCAAAAUUUGGUUCACCAAUACUUAUCCAUGUUUAGCAAGAUAUGCCGAGCUGAGUACGAUAUCCCACAACAUUUCCAGAUGGGAGUUUGAAUCGAAUACAUAUGGAAUUUUUUAAUAUCAAGAUUUGAGAAUAGAUUUGGGUAGUGCAUUUGAUUAAAAGUUAUGUAACCAUUAAAUUACUCUGAAGAUUUUUUCAUCUGAAGUUUUCUGAUGGUUCCGAAGUGGGUGAUUUUAACAUUCAUAUGAAUAUUUCACCUGUGCAACAAUAUGAAGGCCAGAUUUGCUGGUAGAAAACCAGUUUCAGAGAGCCAAGAAAAGAAGAUUGUGGAAGGACAAUAACAUUGUCAAGCACAUCUUGGUAACUUUCUUCUUUUACUGGAUUUUUAAAUGGAUAUUGUUUGAACUAGCUGUGGAAACAACAUCUUGCAGAAAUGCAGGGUCUGGCCCUUGUGGUAUGUACAAUAGACCCUUGUGGUCUGACCCUUCUCUGGACCCUGCACAUAGCAAGAGCUUAGUGCACCGGGCUGCCCUUUUUUAGGUCACAUAGCGCACCUAGGCAAAGAGUGCAGUUUGAGAAAAUUGGUUCGACAAAGUAUGUUGAUGGACUUGUGGAUGCAGACACAAAUUCAGAGAAUAGUUGGAGAUCGCUUGGUAACUUCAGGAACAAAGCAAAACCAGGAUCAGGUCAAUCAGACCGAGUAGGGAGACCUGAUCAUCGCAGUACUGUCCAUUCCAGCUCUCCCUUUGGCCAGAGACAAUAGAGAAAUGCUUCCUUUAGGCUUGCUGUACAAAUUCUAGUAGUAAAAAUCAACCUUGGUCUCAAUGUGACCUACGGUAAGUACUUGCCAAGUUGAUCAAGACUUG